AUGUCGUCGCAGACCAUGACGGCGCCAGCAGUGGGCCAUCGACCGCCUGAUCCAGGCCCCGAUACGCCCAUGUACGAUUAUGGCGGCUCUCAAAACGACGCCUCGCCUCCGACCGACGCCAGGAGCGACUCCGCAAUCCGCGACAUGCAUAAUUCUGCCCCAACCUCCAAGGGCUUGCCUGCCACUCCAAUCGGAAUCAAGAUGGAACCGGUCGAGGGUCAGAACCUGGCUGCGUCCGAGAUGCAGAAGAAUAUCAAUACCCAGUCCGCUGCAGGUGCGCUGCUCGCUCAACUCCUCGGAAACCAAUCUACGCCGACGAAUUCUGUCCCGACAAACGGGUCACCAACGACCGAGACAGGAACCGGGACGGGGACAGGACAACAGCAGGAUGUGGAGAUGAGCGAGGAAGAUGGAAAGCUGGAUCAAAAGCCGGACUUGAGCCACGAUUUCUCGCUUGAUUUCAAUCUACAACAGGAUGGACAACAGGCCUCGGCUUCGACAGGAAUGCCAAAUAUGUCGAAUGGAGGGAAAUCAACGGAUGAUAUCUUUGCGCAACUGGAUGCGACGACGACACAGGAUGGUACUCAUGCAGAACAUCGAGGAUCCGAUGCGAUGGAUCUUUCCGAUCCUUUGAACAACUCAAAGACAGAUCUAGACCAACAACCGUCCUUGCUUCCUCCUUUCGAUUUCGCCGUCGUCCCGAAGAACGCCUUCGAGGCUCUCCAACAGAAUGAAAUGCUCACCGCAGCAUACCUGUCGCAGAGCGCCGAUCUGUCUGCCCUGGGGUACCAGGAUGGAUCUGCCUCGGUGACCGGGUCGGAGCCUCGAAUCCAGGCAUUUGCGAAGCUGGAGUUUGAUGAUGGUCAUUUCUAUUGCAACACCUACUCGUUCAUCCUGGGUCGCGAUGUACGGGCUGCGCGCGCUGCGCACCAGCGAGAGUACCAGUAUCGGCAGGCCGUGCGGAGCUCUCGAGCCAAGAGUUCAAGCGGUGGUAAUGCUUCUCAUACGCCCAACCGAAUGAAGGGAGAAGAGAGUGCUGCAAUGAUGGGCAGUGUGGUCAGCGAUCGUGGAGGUAUUAUGGGGUUUGAUCCCGACGUUCCUCCCAAUAUCUCUGGCAGCAACAUGCCUGGAAACCGACGAUCGUCAAAAUCCUCCUUUGAUGGAUCAGUGGUGCCGCUGCAUGCCAAUCCGGCGCAGCUACAAGCAACCACCGACUAUAAUGCGCUCGCCAUGCAAUCCCUUCAAGAAGGCAACGGUGAUCCCAAGCCGGUUGAUACAUUGGCUCUGCUCCCGUCUCCUGAUGCUUGUCCGACAAUCCCUAUCCACCCUCCCUCGACGAUUGAUGGUACUGCCGCUGGCCACCGUGGCAUUUCUCGUCGGCAUGUCCGCAUCGCUUAUAAUUUCGAUCGCAAUCUGUUUGAAAUGGAAGUCAUGGGCCGCAAUGGAGCUUUUAUCGGUGCUGACUGGCUUUCCCCUGGCCAAAUCCGGCCAUUGCAUAGCGGUGAUUAUAUUCAAAUUGGAGGGGUGCGAAUCCGAUUCUUACUUCCAGAUGUUCCCAUCGGCGAGACUGGUGCAGACCGUAUAGAGGAGCAGCUGCCCGAGGAAGAAGAGGCUGAUCGGGGAUCAGUCGAUGCAGAGCAUGAGAUUGAUGAUACCGACAAGCCUCUCAGCGACAGCGAGAGCAGGGAGCCUUCUUCCAAGGUGACCAAGAUUGUCCUCAAGACCAAGGAUUCUGAUUCAAAGGCUCUUCUUUCCAUCGAAGCUGGUGGCGAGAAUGGCGGACAACCUGCACGUCGCAGGGGUCCUGGUCGCCCUCCCAAGGAUGGUAUCAUGUCCAAGCGCGAGAGGGCCGAAUUGGCCAGGGAGCAAAAGAUAGCUGCCAAACGCGAGGCCAACGGUGGUGUCACUCCGCCACCCCUCGUUCUUCCAACUAAACCAGCUGGCAAGGCUGGCAAGACUGUCAGAGAGUCGGUUGGAGCCGAAUCUCCGCCGUCGUCCGUCAAGCCUGCCGAGAAGCGCAAGUAUACGAAGAGGAAAAAGGGCGAAGGCAUGGACUUUCCCUUGCCUUCAACAGAAGGGGGACAGUUUACAACUGAGCAACGACCCGAGGAAUACGUCAAGCCUCCACCAGUCAAGAAGCGGAAGCCCUCGCGGUCUCCGUCUCCGAACUAUCCUCCAGAAUCUGCUUAUACUCCCGAGGAUCUGGCCAAGCCACCCUACAACUACGCUGUGCUGAUUUUCGAUGCUCUGACGGAAGCUGGAAACCCGAUGACGCUGAAACAGAUCUAUCGUGCAUUGAAACUGAAGUAUCCCUACUUCCGCUUCAAAUGUGAAACCGAAGGAUGGACAUCGAGUGUGCGACACAACCUCAACGGCAAUAGCCAUUUGUUCAUGCACGCCGAGCGAGAUGGCAAGGGCUGGUCCUGGCAACUUCGCCCUGGUGCGUCUGUUGAGAAGGAAAAGAAGAGACGUCCGUCGCCUCCUCCGCCGCAACCCCCUCAAGCAUCCGUGCCGCCUCCUCAACAUUACAUGCCUCCAAUGCCUCAUUCAUAUGCACCACCAACGGCUGCCCCUGCUCCAAUGCAGAAUCAGCACCAGCAUUUCCAGUUCCCUUCCAUUCCUCCUUCCAACUCCUUCUCUGCACCUCCAGCGCCUCAACAACAGCAUACCAGCCCAUACGCACCCCCUCCUGCUUCUACUGCCCCUCCACCUCCUGCUCCCAUUGCUGCUCCUCCAGUCUCGGCACCGACGCCUGCUGCAUCUCAACCUCCUGUGUCUGCACCUAUGCCCGUAUCAGCGCCGUCAAGCGCAAGUGCUCCAGCUCCGGCCCCGGCUCCUAUGCCUACGCCCGUGCCAGCCCCAGCUCCUGCAUCCUUCCCUAUCCCCAGUGCUCUCCGCGGCAAUCUGCCAGCUGCCUUUGCUCGGACCACGCCUGGAGCCUACACUUCUCCAUAUGCCUCCAACCCGCCUCCACAACAACAACAACCGCCUCCACACAAUUCGCAGCCGCCGCCACAGCCACAGCCUGUUCAGGGACCACCGGGACAACAACCACCGCAGCAACAUCAGCAGCAGCAGCAGCAUCAUCAUUCCCCUUACCCCCCGCCACAAAAGCCACCUUCCACUCCACAGCCACAUAUCAACUCUCAGUCCCAAGCCUAUCCACCUCCCGCUGCGCCGCAAUAUCAAACUCAGCACCAGCAUCCAAUCCAGCAACCGGUCCAGAUGCAACACCAGCCGCAUCAACAAACCCAGCAACAACCUCCUCCGCCCCAUGAGCAUGUGCCACCGUCGCAUCACCAGUCACACCAACCCCAUCCUCCGCCGCCAGGGCCCCAAGCCCACCAUCAUCAACCACCACCGCAGCAGCAUCAACCGCAGCACCAUUCUGUACAGUCCGGCCCUCCUUCACAAGUCGCCCCAGACUCACCCUCGUUCACUGAGCGUGCCAACAAGGCCAUUGACGACUUUGAGAAUGUUCUCAUGGAAGAUUACGAGGACAAGAACUACAUCCGGGAAGUACUUCGCAGUGCGCGUGCCCGGGUCUUGGGUAAUGCCAAGGAGAGUUCAUUCCCUGGCGGCGAACCCAAGGAUGAAGCGGUCAUUAUGGAUGUGUUGCGCAACCUGGUGGGUAGUCUCAAAGAAGAGUAA